AGUUCCUGUAAUUCCUGUAGACCUAUGUGCUAACGUAGGUCUACUUUGCCACUUAGACUAAUAAUAAUAAUAACGCGUGUUAUGCAUAACCAAACAAAAAACUCCACUGGGAUUUGGGUGAUUAUGUGGUCAUAGGCGCUAAGAGUAUGGGAAACAACACUGUUUGGGAGGCUUUGGCCUGUGUCGAAUUCCUAUAGUAGACCUUGGCAAUUACAAUUCUUUGCGGCCUGUUCCAAACUAAAAGUGGUAAUUCAAAUUUUCGGUAGCAUAUUCUUCCAGAUUAGCAUAAAAAUAAUAGGCUUGCAGUAUGGUUCAUCCUUAGUUUACAGUAUGAACCAAGGGUGACACAACAUCAUUUUUAUUCUGAAUUGGAUCUCUAGGCACAGCCUACGGUUUUGCACACGUUUCACUUUUCUCAGAUGAAAGCAUAAUUCAGAAUUGGCUGAUAACUUACUAUAGCCUAAUGAUGCGCUGUCUUGGUAAGAAACUAGCCAACUCCUCACAAACAUUCAAAAAGGUUUAAGUCAAGCCUAUCGAUGUUUAUUCAUGACGCUUUCCAUUGGAUCUGGCUCCUGUUGUAAGGCGAGGCGAUAUGUUAGGUAUUUUCUGCUCUGUAGCCUGUAGGCUUCAAUUAAUAGCCUAGCUUGGCUUUGUCCUAUAAGGACAAUCCGAGAUGAUGUAGGCUAAUGAACCGUUUGCUAUCAGUAAACUAUUAACCGAGUUUUGGGGUAAAUCGUUUUUUAACACUUUUUUAUUCGUGUGCGUCAGGAACGAACAUGGGUAGUUAGGCCACAACAUAAAAGUCUCGUCUAAUAAAAUAUACUAGCUAACGGUUGUAAGGUGUGAAAUUGCUAGGGUGUGUUACUACCACUCACUAAUAGUAAUAUCCAGUAUUAACUAACCGAAGGCAGAUGCCUACGUACGCAUUUUAAAGAGCUAUGGUUAAAAGUCUUGUCAUAAGGUUGGACCUUUUAGAUAAAGAAACAGGUUAUAAUUACUUGCGAAUUGGCAAGAAAAUAUUGAUAGUCCUUUGCAUGCAAACACAACCCUAGGUGUAGCUUGUCUAACACGAUUAUUUUUUGAUCGAAUCAUUAGAAAUGCGACAAGGUAAUGAGUGAAAUUCGAUGUCAUGAGCCACGAUUAAGACCAUCUGCCCUUGGAUUUUCAUGUGGAGAGCUAGAGAAAAGUUCCCGAUGUGCACAGGAAAGCACUUGGCCGAAAUGUCCUUACACAUUUUGAGCUUGGAUAAGGAGACAAAGGCUCUGCCGUUGAUUGGUUGGUCUCUCCACGUCCGCAGUCACCUCGUAGCGCAGGCAGCCAAGCCUUCCAUUCACAUGUAAAUUGGGCCUCAUAAAUGCCUUCUACAAUUGCCCACUUGCACAGAAUCUGUAGUGCUUGUUAGCACGCAGUGUGUGGAUCUUUGUCUCUAACGGCGCUCGCCUACCAUCUGCCAUCUGCACCAUUCAAGGAUCGUAACGGUAGUCUGCAUUCUGUUCUCGACUCCUUUCCUUUCCACUGUACGGGAUAGCAACAUGGCCCCUGCCUCGAGCAGUGGUAAAACGGAACUCAGUCGGAGCGAAGAUGAAUAUUACGGCAUUAAAGGAGACAGAAAGACGAGAAAGCCACUGGUGGAGAAAAAGAGAAGGGCACGCAUCAAUGAAAGUUUGCAAGAGCUCAGAACACUGCUCGUAGACGCAGAGGCACCAUCAAAAAUGGAGAACGCCGAGGUUUUAGAGAUGACGGUUAAACGUGUCGAAACCAUUCUUCAAAAUCGUGUUAAAGAGGCGGAGAAUGUUAACCGGGAGGCAAGCGAAAGGUUUGCAGCUGGGUACAUUCAGUGCAUGCAUGAAGUCCAUACGUUCGUGUCCAGCUGCCCAGGGAUGGACGCGACGAUAGCAGCAGACCUCCUAAACCACCUCCUAGAAUGUAUGCCUUUGAAUGAUGAAGAUUGUUUUCAAGAUCUUUUGUCGGAUUUGAUGUCAGAGUCAUCAAACAGCUACAGCACUUGGUCAAGUGAAGCAAUGCCGUCACCUGGGGGGAGAAGUGGGUCUAGUGGAAGCACCUCUGCCCUCUCCCCGUCUCCCUCCACUACCUCCGAUGACCUCAACUCAGACCUGGAUGAGACGGACAGUGAGCAGAGUCACAUAUCUACAGAUGUGGACCACCAAGAGAGCCCUAGCACUGCAACCCCGUUUUAUUCUAAGUCUAUGUGGAGGCCUUGGUAGCCCAAUUGUGACGGUUUUUUCUUAGAAUAAGGAUGAUAAUUAAUUUAUGAAAUGGAAUAAUAAGUUAGCCUAGACAGUUUCAGGCAUUAGGCCAUAUCUGAACAUGUUCGCUUUAUUGAAUUUACUAAUUUGCCUAGUGGGCUCUUAAAAGCUCUUUUUAAUGUAAAAAGCCUUGUAUGCAUUCGAAUAAUCGUUUGUAUUUAAUGUUACCUAUAUGUAAACAUUUGUUUGGUCUUUUUGUAUCAUUACUGAGCACAGAUGUAAAUAUUUAAUUGUGGGACUUUCCAAUGUAGGCUGUUUGUAAUUUGAAAUUGAAAAUGUCAACAAACUCCAGUAGGAAGUGUGUUGGGCUACUUCUGUACAGUAGAGUUGAUGUUGUAUUAGUUGCAGCCUAGUUGUUGAACCAUUUCACUUCUUUCCCUCCCAUGACCACAUGACGACUUAAUUUCUUUGACACAAAGAUUCACUUUUGGCUUCCUUCAUUAAAUGCAUUUCCCUAA